CAUCCACGAGGCAUCGGCCGCACUCUGCUCCGUUUGACUGUGGGAUCGCCAAUCACAGUAUUCGAACUUUCAACAGUCUCAGUCUUGUCAUGUCCACUUGACCAAUAACAAAUCUGUUGCAGCCAAGUUUGACGCUAACAAAAUGCUGGAGCCUGGCCACUCAGGGCUCCUCAAAACACCCCCUACAUAGACGCCAUUUGGCAAAUAGCACCACGAACUCACCUAGGCUUGCUCACUUUCCCGAAGAACGACUAUGAAAAGCGGAGCGGUGUAUAUUUUAUUUGGCUCUUUGGGAGCCUCAGGCACCAAUGUUCUGGCAUCUAGACUCUGCGUUAUGGCGAGUAGGUAUUUAUACCUCGAGCACCACCCAUCAUGAGGUCGAACUUUCUGGCUCCCCUAAGCGCGACAGUCUCUAUCAGUGCCGCAAUAAGCUCGACGAAGACGACGAUCCAGAUCGGAAAUACCUUUCUUUGCCAACAAAAUGACUUCUACCACGCCAAAAGCGACCUCUCUUCGCAUCGGAAUCCUUCUGAUCCCACCGGUCCAACUCCUCGAUGCCUCGGCCAUUGAUCUCUUCGGUAUGCUCACCCCGGAGUACCUCGAAGCAUGCGGCCUCCCCAAACCACUCCGUGACCUGGCUGUCCCGGUCGAGAUCCACUACAUCGCCGCGACAGGGUCCGGCACUCACGCCUCGAUGACGUCCUCGGCCACGCUUCCCGUGACGGACUCGCUGUCAUCGCCGGCCGUACAACCAGGCCACCUCGACGCGCUUCUCAUCCCGGGCCCGGAUCCGAAUCUGAUCCCCGAGGAAGACGUCUUGGCUUUCCUCCGCGCGCACAAGGAAGCCGACCAGACCGACUUUUUGGUCAUCUGCACCGGCAGCUUUCCCGCCGGUUUUGCGGGGCUUUUGGACGGCAAGAGGAUCACCGGACCCAGAGGUCUAUUGGGAAAGCUGAAGGAGAAGUUCCCUGCGGCAAACUUUGUGGAUCGGAGAUGGGAGAGAGAUGGAAGAAUGUGGUCGUCCGGUGGAAUUACAAACGGUCUAGACCUCACAGCAGCGUAUCUCCACUAUAAAGUCCAGAAGGAACUGGCAGAUCUGGUCUGCGCCAUGGCAGAAGUGGGUGAUCGCGCGCAAGACUACGGUAGCGGCAAAGCGAGCAACACCCUCUGGUGGAUGUGGUUGAUUCUCCGGUCCCUCGUGAAGGGUAAGAGCAAAGGAGGCGACGGAGACAGAAAGAAAGUUGAUUGAAUGCGCGUCAAUACCGGUGCUAUUAACAGUCAAAUUGUGAAUUUGUUUCUGUGGUUACCUCCUGAGAUACAUCACGGGUUCGCGGUAGUCUGGUUAGUUGAAUCGACAAUGCACCCGUCGUGGUCGUGCUGGCAAGUGAUGCUUGGAAGAGUGGCUUAUGGUGUUUGCUUGGAGUCGCCGGUAUUUUCGUGUAUGCUAAGCAGCGCAUAGCAUGUGAGUUUCGGUAGUGCUGUCGCAAUCCUCCUGUUUGAUAUGCAGGUUAUCAAUUCUCG